AUGGCAGCGGUGGGUGACCACGCCUGGGCUGACGACUCGCUGGCUGCACGGGACGAGCUGGCUGUUCUCGUCCGCCGCGCAGGGGCAAAGGCGUUGGCCGAUGCGGUCGUCGCGCUGCCGCACGAGGCGCUGGAUGUGAAGCGGAUGCAGGCACAUGUGCUGACGAGAGCAUCGGGGGAGGGCUCGGCGAGCGUCGAGCUUGUGGAUGCACAUGGGGAUGCGCGCAAGGCGCGGGUCUGGGUGUGGAGCCCGGAGCGCGGCGCCCUGGUCUGUCGCAAUACCGGCGCUGCGGUCGCCGUUCUCGCUGAGGAGCUGCUGUAUCUGGAGAGCGGAGAAGAAGUGACGCUGCUAGCGGUGGCACGAGCGCUGGAUAAUGCCGAACCGAUCGAUGAUGACUGCGCUGCCACUCCGGCCACUGUCCGUGAUCCACCGGAUCUGGAAGAGAGCAUGGCGAUGGUGUCUGCGCCAGAAGUGCGAACUCAGCUGGCAGGCAUGAUGGACGCCGUUGCGGCGCUGAUGAGCGACGGCGCCGUCAUCCGUGUCCGCGGCGGCGAGCUAGCAGCCGGUGCCAAAGUAGCGACACUGGUCACGAUCCACGCCGCAGCCUUUGCCCGCGCCAUGCCAUCACUGCUGCCAUCGCUCGAGCUUGCCCUUGUCUCGGUCACGCUCGGCACUAUCCACGACCUGGUGCUGGGAGAACUGCAAACGCUGUAUGCCGCUGAGGACACAGCGCUCAACGAGUCGCUCCCGAUGCUGGCGGACGAGCUGACGCUUGUGGCGCUCGACGCACCACCCGCGCUUCACGGAGUCAAGCUCGGCUCGGCUGAGGCGCUGCUAGCUCCGGCCGCGCUGGCCAAGCCGCGGACACCGAUCGAGCUCGCACGCUCAUGCUGCCGGUCGAUGCGACGUGGUGGCCAUGGACGGUAUGGUGCCUCUGUUGGUUAG